AUGCGUCGCGCAAUUAUUUUGGCCCUUUUGAUUAUUGCAAUCAAAUGUGACAAAAGCAGAAAACAAAUCGAGCUUGUCUCGCAAAAAUGCUGCAUGCCGAAAGAUAGAGAAUGUUGCAUGAAUAUGAUUAAUUAUGGACUUCCAAUAAAAUGUGGAUAUCAACGAAAUCCGUCUUUGGCUAAAACUCUCUAUGAUUGCAUUCAAAAGAAGAUGUUCGGAUCAUCUCAACGCAUGAAUCUUGAUGACGCGGUUUGCUGCAAACUCUUCGAAUUCGACAAACAAGACCCGUCGAAGCACUGCGAGGCGACGUGCAAAACGGUAAUGACAUCGCCAUCAUUGGGCUCAACAAUUCGCUUGGAGCGAAUCAAACAGUGCACGUUGACAGAGAACCCGCUUUACAAGUGUUUUGAGAAAUGCCGCCAAUUGAGAUCCGAAGGCAUUCACAUCGAAGUUCUCAAAUUCGAUGAGUAUUGCGAUUAUCCGGCAGAGCAAUCGAUUCGGAAAACGGCAAAUAUUUCGAAGGAGAUGCGCGAGGAGAUUCAACAGCAAGGAGAGCGAUUCGAGAACACUGUUCCGCCGGCGCCGACGCCGCCACCGAAGAGCGAGAACGGCGAAACUUCGAUGAGAUCCGACUUGGUAUCCCAAAAGAUCCUGUUGGCUUCAUCGAUCAAAAUAUUGCAAGAAGAGCGAAAUAAAUAUGAAAACCAUGCAAUGGAGAAUUUUGCAAAAUCGGAAGACACGCGAUCGUAUUGCACAAUUGACGAGUUCAAGGAUGAUGAAUCUGCGAAGCUUUUUGAGCAGAAUUGCGAUACGACAGUUCGAGCUCCGCCACAAGUUGUUCCUUUGAAUAUUGUGAACAAUUUGAAGAAGGAGCCCCAAAAAGCGCCGUUUUUAUCCGAUUUCGACUUGUGUCAAGCGAUGGAGAAUAAAAAACAGCAUCCGCAGGCGAUUGCCGUCGAAUCGCAUAAUAGAUUUCACAAUGAACUUGCGUUUUGCAAUUCUAUUAUAGAAGAUGUUGAAAGGGUAAUCAAAGAAUCAAGAAGGUUCGACCUCGAAUUAACCGUAAUCAAAUAUCGAGAUAAGAAUGAUAUGCCUAGAUGUAAAAUUGAAAUCAUUCGUAAAAUUGCGACAACACCAAUUCCAAAGGAAGUUCCUCAAAUUCCUUCGGAGCUCGAUUUUGAGGAUGAACCCGAAUGGAACAAACCUGAUGGACUUCGACCGACACCAAUUUUUCAAGUCCCAAUGGUUGCUGUUAAUAGAUUCAUAACGCACGUGAAGAUCAUCAGCGAAGAUCGAUCUUCGCAAUCUCAAUAUGAGCGGUCUCCAGUUCUCGAGAAGAGUUUCAAAUAA